GCCGCUCUACCUGAUCUUGGAUGACAACUUUUAUUAUCAGAGCAUGAGAUACGAGGUGUACCAGCUGGCUCGCAAAUAUUCCUUGAGCUUCUGCCAGUUAUUUUUAGACUGUCCACUUGAAUGCUGCUUACAGAGAAAUCGUCUAAGAAGUCAUCCGUUACCUGACCAGACAAUAUAUUUAAUGGCACAAAAAAUAGAAAUGCCAGAUCUCAAGAAAAAUGCUUGGGAACAGAACAGCCUUAUUCUGAAAAGUUUUGAUUGCACUCCAGAAGAUAACGAGCAGAUAAUUAGUUUGCUGGCCACUGCUUUGGAAAAUCCAGUGAAGCAGAAUGAGGAGAACACUGAGCAAAAGGAAGCAGAUCGAGCGAUCUGUGCAGCUAGUGCUGUCCAUCAGGCUGAUCAGACGUGCAGACGCAUCAUCUCUCAGGCAAUGAAGGAUGCAAGAGAUAAAAACGUACUCCCAAGUGAGAUGAAGAGCCUGGCUGAAGAACUCAACAAACUCAAAGCGGAGUUUUUGGAAGACUUGCGGCAAGGAAAUAAUUUGAAAAAACAAAUUUGCAUACCAAAUCAAUAUUCUGACCCUGCUAUGAGUGCAAUUUCUUCAUUCCAACAUGAGGCAACCACUGUAGUUAAUAAAUAUAUUUUAAAAUAA